AUGGUCCAUUCCUCCUUUAUUGCUCUCGGGCCACGGCACACCACACCACGCCACGCCACAGCACACCACGCAACAGCACGCCACACCACGCAACAGCACGCCACACCACGCAACAGCACGCCACACCAGGCCACGCCACACCACAGCACGCCACACCUCGCUACAGCAUGCCACACCAUGCCACACCACAGCAUGCCACACCUCGCUACAGCAUGCCACACCUCGCUACAGCACGCCACACCACGCUAUAGCAUGCCACACCACACCACGCCACACCACACCACACCACGCCACACCAUGCCACGCUACAGCAUGCCACGCCACGCUACAGCACGCCACGCCACACCACGCUACAGCACGCCACAUCACGCCACGCUACAGCACGCCACACCACACCACGCGACAGCAUGCCACGCUACAGCACGCCACGCCACGCUACAGCACGCCACGCCAUGCCUCGCUACAGCACGCCACGCCACGCUACAGCACGCCACACUACAGCACGCCACGCCACGGCACGCUACAGCACGCCACUCCACGCUACAGCAUGCCACACCACGCUACAGCACGCCACGCCACGCCAGCCACGCUACAGCAUGCCACGCCACGCUACAGCAUGCCACACCACGCUACAGCAUGCCACACCACGCUACAGCACGCCACGCCACGCUACAGCACGCCACUCCACGCUACAGCAUGCCACACCACGCUACAGCACGCCACGCUACAGCACGCCACGCCACGCUACAGCAUGCCACGCUACAGCACGCCACGCUACAGCAUGCCACGCCACGCUACAGCAUGCCACACCACGCUACAGCAUGCCACACCACGCUACAGCAUGCCACACCUCGCUACAGCAUGCCACACCACGCCACACCACGCCACACCACGCCACACCACGCCACACCACGCUACAGCAUGCCACAUGACGCCACGCUACAGCACACCACACCACGCCACACCACACUACAGCACGCAACACCACGCCACACCACACUACAGCACGCCACACCACGCUACAGCACGCCACGCUACAGCACGCCACACCACGCCACAGCACGCCACACCACGCCACACCACGCCACAGCACGCCACACCACGCCACACCACACCACGCCACACCACAGCAUGCCACACCACAGCACGCCACACCACAGCAUACACACCUCGCUACAGCACACCACACCACGCUACUGCACGCCACACCACAAACACAGCAGCCAUCUAGGUUGGGUUUCAUUUAAAGUCCAUGAGAAAAGGUAG